AUGAUAACAAAAUGCAAUUUUUGGAUGAGCAUUUCUUCUAGAAGUGAGACAGUUUUGCUCAGAAUCUCCAACAGAUCGGAUGUUUUAAAAUGAAGCUCCUCAUAAUAUUUUUAGUUUGCUGCUCAAGUUGCUGUUUGGCCAAGCUCGACCAACAGCAGCUGGAAACGUUCAGCGGAGUCACGAAGGCUUGUUUCGAGGAGCUGCAGAUUCCAGCCGGUUGGGAAUUUCCCACCCAAGCGUUGCAGGAUGUGAAGUCGAUCACCUUCAGCGAUCGUCACAUUGAUUUCAUCGUCUGCGCGACGCGAAAAUACAAUGUCCUGGACGAGGAGGGAAGGUACAACGCCCAGUUGGUGAAGGAAAUCUUCCUCAAGAGCAACACCUUUGACAGGCAGCAAGUCGAUGAGGUUGUGGAUUUGUGCUACGGUGACCCCAAGGGGACGACCUUGAAGGAAAACGUGGCCGAAGCUACCAAGUGUUUCUUCGCGAACAAGAAGUUUAAGCUUAUGUAAACAGUAAAUUAUUCAAAUGUUUUAGAAUAUUUUGAAAUAAAUCUCGCUUCUCUAAA